AUACCUGCGGUCUGCGUUUUAAAGAUGCCUCUUUCUGGGAUCCUGGCCACGUUGGACUCCUCAGGGGGGUGGCCUGCUCUCCUGGCCUGCGUGCUGGUUGCGCUGGUAGGUUGGUUUGUCCACCUGGCAGAAAGGAGGCACUGGAAGCAGUCUCGCUCUGUGACACCUUCCUCCACCCCGCAGCCUGACAGGGAGGAGUUGCUAGAGCAACCAACAAUGGAUAAGCUGCUUAGCCGCUUGAAACUCCUGAGCCCGGAUGAACUUCGGGAACAAAUACUAACGGCAGGAUUAACUUGUGGGCCGAUCACCUCCACAACCAGGUUUAUUUUUGAAAAGAAAUUGGCUCGUGCUUUACUGGAGCAGCAAGGUACAGACGUGUGUCACUCUUCUAAGCCAUUAGAUGGGAAUGCAGCAGAGCUUAAUGGCCAACACCCAGUUCAUUUUCGGCAAGGCUCUGAUGAUCAAGAUUUUGGCUACAGUGUUGGUGUUAACCCACCUGCAGAAGAGUCUGCGUUUCUAGACAAAAGUUGUUUGCCCCCUGGAAAGACUGUCGGUGACUCUCAAACCUGCAGCCAGCCUCUAUCUAAGAAUCCUCCUGUGUACUAUGCCGUCUGUCCUGUGUACGAAGAUGCCCUGGCUAGAAAUGAGAAAGUUCACAUUUACACGGACAAGAAAGAGGCCCUGCAUGUUGUGAAAAUGUUGAAGGGCUCUCGGUUCAAGGCAUUUUCCUCUAGAGAGGAUGCAGAGAAGUUUGCCAGAGGAAUGUGUGACUAUUGCCCCUCUCCCAGCAAGAAUUCAUCACCGCUGUCACCUGUAAAACUUGUAUCAAAUGUUUUAAGAGAUGGUGUCUCCUCUCCAGAAGUAGAAAGUAUCAACAAGGAGAAAGCAAACAGCUUUAAGAGCCCUAGGACACAAGACUUGACCGCAAAACUGAGAAAAGCUGUCGAGAAAGGAGAUUUGGUGACGUUUUCUGAACUUAUAUGGAGCAACCCACGCUAUCUUAUAGGCUCUGGUGACAACCCAACUGUGGUGCAGGAAGGAUGUAGAUAUAAUGUGAUGCAUGUGGCUGCUCGCGAGAACCAGGCCGCAAUCUGUCAACUACUGCUUGAUACUUUGGAAAAUCCAGAAUUCAUGCGUCUCAUGUACCCGGAUGAUGAUGACAUUAUGUUGCAGAAACGCAUCCGGUACAUUGUCGAUCUCUAUCUGAACACGCCAGAUAAAAUGGCUUUUGACACACCCCUACAUUUUGCAUGCAAGUUUGGCAAUCCAGAUGUGGUAAAUGUGUUAUGUUCCCAUCCUGACAUACUAAAGAAACCUAGGAACAAGUAUGAUCAAACACCAGAGGAGGUUGUAUGUGAACGAAGUAAAAAUAAACCUGCAGAACUGAAGGCAAAGAUUAAAGAAUGCUUGAAAGGUAUUUUUUAUGUACCGCUCUUGCGUGCCGAGGAUAACUCGUCUCCUACUGUCCUCGGAACUCCAUGGUCACCAGAACAGCCUGACGUUCUCUCCCAGACAAAAUAUUCCGGUAGCCCUAAAGAUCCACUGCUAGCAGUAAGAGCGUUUGCUGGACCGAUGAGCCCAUCUAAGGCUGAGGAUUUCCGAAGAGCAUGGAAAACUCCCCCGAGGGACAAGGCUGGCCUCUUUCACAAUGUCAGAAAAACAGAUCCUGAAAGAGGUGCAGAGAGAGUAGGAAGGGAGCUGGCUAAUGAGCUGGAUGUCCCAUGGGUGGAAUACUGGGAGUUCCUGGGUUGCUUUACAGACCUGUCUUCCCAGGAUGGUCUGGGGAAGCUUGAAGAAUAUCUGAGCAAGAGGCACAGUUCUGGUGAGAGAAUGCUGCUGGAACCUGAUCAUGAGAUCUGCAACAAAUAUAAAACUCCAUCCCCUGCCGGAAAAAGCAAAAAGUUUUGCAACUCUGUUUCCGUUGGCGCAUAUUUAGACGAAGAAGAAGAUUUGAGUCUAGAAGAGAUCAAGAACCGUCAGAACGCUGCUCUAAAGCAUGGCCACUCCCCAGCUUCUGCAGAGGCUAUCGCUAUACCAGAAUGCAUUAUGGAUGCACCUGACCUUUCCAGCAGCACCCAACCUAAUGAAGCCAACCUUGGUUUCUUUAGUCCAUUGUGUACUGAGCGAAUUCUUCCUGGUGAUAGGAGACAGCAGGCUUUAACAGAAGGAAUGUUGUCCCCUGUCUCCAACCUCAUGGCUGAGUUUGAAAAACUCUCAUUAGCAGAGGAGAUACAAAAUUACAGCGAUAGACACCAGAAAGAAGACUCUCCUUUGACAAGUGAGAGGGCAGUUGAUGAUCAGUGGAAUUUAUUACCUAGUCGAUUGUCACCAAGGACAGAGUGUUCUCAUUUAUCACAGGUUGAGAAACUUUUGCCAGAUCUCAGUCUUCAAGACAGAAAUUUACCACCAGGAAGCAACAAUGAUAUCUUGCGUUCGUGUAGCUCAUCAGAGACUGCUACUCGGCAAUUUAUCAUGAAAACACCACCCAAGAACCAAAGCAGCAGAGGAACGUUUUUGCUCGGGAAAGAGCCUUCCAAACUGGACGGAGAUGUUCUGUUGGCUAUUGAAAAAGUAGAAAUUGAUAAACAAAAAUACCCCUGCAUCUCAAAGUGGUUGAAUGCGGUACAGUCUUAUACCCCUUCAGAUCGACAUAGUUGGCCAAGUCCAGCUGUCCUUUCUGGAAGAAGCAGGUCCCAGAUGUUUAGCUCCAGCUCUCCUGGAAGCCAUGGCUUUUCUACUCCAGGACGGCACAGUCCUGUUCCAGGAAGCCCUGGAAAGUACAUGAACUUGGUUGACCACAGCAGCCCUGGAAGGUACAGUCCAGCUUAUGCAAGCCACAUCCAGAUACUGCGACUGCGACACUUCUCAGACCACUCUGCAGUUUAGCUGUUUCACCAUUCCUUAUUCCUUUUGGGAUUUCCAUCUAGGAUUCAUGGCUUGAGCUACACCCAGUUCUUGCUAAUUGUCAUUGUGUGAGGGUUAAGAUGGCACUCUUAACACUAGUUAAUUAGAUGUUAAGAAUCACAAAAGAUGGAUUAAUAUUUAGUUGUCUCAGACUGUUACAGGCUUGAGUUCAAGGCUCAAUUCUUCAUUAUGGAUCAGUGAACGCUUCAAAAAAACAUUGUCCGUCUGUUA